AUGAACCGCACCAUCCAACGGUCCUUUCAGCACUUCCGACAUCUAGUACACGAACACGGGAAUAAAUGCAGCAGACUACUCGCAAAUCUAUUGAAGCGCCGUAGGACGCAUCUCUACAUUAGCAAAAUUAAAGACCCGUCCCAGCGGAUGCAUCACCUCCCAGACCAGAUCUCCACCACGUUCCUUAACUACUACCGAGACCUAUACAACAUACAGAAAGAGGCACGAGACGCCGCAGAAACCCGCGGCCUCAAUACCAUCCACACAUACCUGGCAUCAGCAGGACUACGCCAACUAACGGACCCUGACCGCGAACUAUUGGACGCACCCAUUGCCCCAGAGGAAAUCUCGAUUGCCAUCAAAAAAGCGCAGACGGGCAAGUCGCCAGGACCAGACGGUCUGCCGUUACAAUAUUAUAAGACCUUUCAGUCCGAACUCCUCCCGAAACUGCAUAAG